AGCGGAGGGCGCAGUCUCUCGCGCUCCGUGUAACGGCGCAGUCAAAGAGUCCACAGUCUCAGGACCGUUCCGUGUGUCUCUGUCAUGUCUUCAACCGUGUCCACGACCGUGGGGGACAUGUUUGUCGUCACCCACGUAAACACAGAGCAGCAGAACUCAGUGGGCGUCCGGAGGUUCAUCAAGGGACAACCACAGGCGCUGGGGACGGUUCAGAUCAUCAUCGGCUUGAUGGUUUUCCUGAUUGGGAUCACGAUGGCGCCUGAUGGAGACACAAUGGGAAUUCACAGCGGCGCCUUCGUCUGGGGACCUGCGUUUUCCAUCACAGCUGGAUCUCUGACAGUGGCUGCUGCCACAAAACUCAACCGCUGCCUGAUUAAAUGUGCGAUGGCGUUCAGUAUCGUCACAGCGGUCACUUCCACCAUAGCCGCCAUCCUCUACUCUGUGGAUUUUUUUGUUCUACUGCUGUUCAUUCGCUGUGGUUACAACUGCGAACUGUUCAAGGUGAGUGCCAGUGUGUGCCAGCGCUGUCAGCCCCAGAAAGGGGAGAGGGACUCACCGUUACUGGCUCUGGACGAAGAAGACCUCCGGAGCGUCUGAGCACAGCCUCGCGCAAGAGCCGGUGUCGGGAGGUUGAAGUCACGGGCCGGGAUGUGGAGCCGCCAAUGGAGCUUGGAGCCAUUUACUGAAGUUUAGCGGUGUGUGCGGGCCCCAUUUUCAGGGAAUCCGUGUCAGGGCGAGCUGGAGCGGCAGGUUCAGCGGCUGAGGGAGCCGGAGUGUCGGCCGCCAGAUCCGUGUAAUGGUUGGACAGGCUCAGGCGAGGAGGUGAGGUGAGCCCGCCCGUAUCCUUCUUGCGGCCACAUACCACCACCUCGGACCAGGAGGGCGAUCUAUUGGGAGUGGAGCAGGAGGACGGCCGAAGGCAGGUUGAGGGGGUCCCAGACAGCUGUGGAGUGGUUUGCUGUGUUCAGGGAGAAAAUCUGCUGGAACUGGUCAGUGGCCGGAUUCAUAAGGCUGGACAGCAUGGCUUCCUUACUCCUUAGCUCAUUGGAGAGCCUUCUGAUAUCCUCCUUCAGGUCAGAUAUUUUUUUAUUUGCGUGUAAAAGUUCUGUGUCAGCAUCAGAAGGCAUGGUCCGUGAAGUUUUGGAAGCUAGCAUGCAACCCUGAGCGGACUCAGUGCAGCCGCCUGACAGUCACCUGACAGUCUCUCACCGUCCUGUUGUUUGUGUCUCUCGUCCUGUUGUUAGUGUCUCUCUUCCUGUUGUUAGUGUCUCUCACUGUCCUGUUGUUAGUGUCUCUCACCGUCCUGUUGUUAGUGUCUCUCACUGUCCUGUUGGUUGUGUCUCUCGUCCUGUUGUUAGUGUCUCUCUUCCUGUUGUUAGUGUCUCUCACUGUCCUGUUGUUAGUGUCUCUCACCGUCCUGUUGUUUGUGUCUCUCUUCCUGUUGUUAGUGCCUCUCACCGUCCUGUUGUUUGUGUCUCUCUUCCUGUUGUUAGUGCCUCUCACCGUCCUGUUGUUUGUGUGUUUCCAGAGUCGGAUAGAGGGCAUCUCAGUAGUCCUGGUUGUCUUCAACCUGUUACAGAUGAUCGUCUCAGUCGUCAUUGCGGGUUACGCCUGCUGUGCCACAUGU